CCCGCCUUUUUUUUUGUUGCAGAAACCUCUCUUCCAACCACUUGUCCCGACUGGAAGAAUCCAGCUUCAUUGGACUCAGCCUGCUAGACGAGCUUCGCAUCGGGAAUAACCGCGUCAGUUUCAUCGCCGACGGCGCAUUUCGAGGCCUCUCCAGCCUGCAGACACUGGAUCUCCAAAAUAAUGAAAUCUCCUGGACCAUAGAAGACAUGAACGGGCCCUUUUCGGCGCUGGACAAACUGAAGAAAAUAUUUCUGCAAGGAAACCGAAUCCGCUCCGUAACCAAGAAGUCCUUCUCUGGCCUUGAUGCAUUACAGAACCUAGACUUAAGCAACAACGCCAUCAUGUCCAUCCAAGCAAACGCUUUCUCCCAGAUGAAGAAUCUACAAGAACUGCGCCUCAACACCUCCAGCUUGCUGUGCGACUGCCAGCUCAAGUGGCUUCCAGUCUGGGUGGCAGAGCAAACCUUCCUCCCCUGCGUGAAUGCCAGCUGCGCCCACCCGCAGAUGCUGAAGGGCAGGAGCGUGUUCGCCGUCGGCCCCGAGGAGUUCGUGUGCGAUGAUUUCCCAAAGCCCCAGAUCACCAUUCAGCCGGAAACCCGGUCGGCUUUGAAAGGAGCUAACGUGACCUUCGUGUGCUCGGCGGCGAGCUCCAGCGACUCGCCGAUGACGUUCGCUUGGAAGAAAGACAACGAGGUCCUCAACGACGCCGAGAUCCACAACCAGGCCCACUUGAGAGUGCAGGGAGGUUCCGGUGGCGAGACAGAGGUGACGGAGUAUACAACCACCCUGCAGCUGAGCGACGUGCAAUUCUCCAGCGAGGGGAAAUACCAGUGCGUCAUCUCCAACCACUUUGGAUCCUCGUACUCCACUAAGGCCAGACUCACUGUUAAUAUGCUGCCUUCCUUCACUAAAAUGCCGAUGGACCUGAGCAUCCGCGCCGGAGCGACGGCCAGGCUCGAAUGCGCGGCGGUGGGUCACCCGUCGCCUCAGAUCGCCUGGCAGAAGGACGGGGGAACCGACUUCCCCGCCGCCCGCGAACGCCGGAUGCACGUGAUGCCGGAGGACGACGUGUUCUUCAUCGUGGACGUCACAACGGAGGACAUCGGGGUGUACAGCUGCACCGCUCAGAACAUCGCCGGGGCCAUUUCGGCUAAUGCUACGCUAACGGUCUUAGAAACGCCUUCUUUCCUGCGGCCGCUCAUGGAUCGCACGGUAGCCAAGGGUGAAACCGCCGUCCUCCAAUGCAUAGCCGGCGGCAGCCCCGCGCCGAGAUUAAACUGGACCAAGGACGACAGCCCCUUGGUGGUGACGGAGCGCCAUUUCUUCGCCGCCGCCAAUCAGCUCCUCAUCAUCGUCGACGCCGCCGAGGCCGACGUCGGGAAGUACACCUGCGAGAUGUCCAACGCUCUGGGCACCGAAAGGGGGAACAUCAGGCUGUCGGUCAUACCGAACCCCAACUGUGACUCUGGAGUGCAAGGGGGCAUCGGUGUCGGGAUCAUUGGCGGGGCGGGCUCGGAAGAUGACGGCUGGACCACGGUGGGCAUCGUCAUCAUCGCCGUGGUGUGCUGCGUAGUUGGCACCUCGCUCGUUUGGGUGGUGAUCAUCUACCACACCCGCCGGCGGAACGAGGACUGCAGUGUCACCAACACGGAUGAGACCAACCUGCCAGCAGACAUCCCAAGCUACCUCUCCUCUCAAGGCACCCUUGCGGACCGCCAGGACGGCUACAUCCCGUCUGAGAGCGGGAGCAGCCACCAGUACAUGGCGUCAUCCAUUAGCGGCUUCUAUCUGCAGCCCAAAGACAUGAAUGGUCUUUGUCAGCUGGAUACAGGAAGUGAAGCCGAGAUGGAAGCGGCGUCCAUUGACCCUCUUCUUUGCCAUUACCAAGGUCCAAUAAGCACACUGCUUCGCCGAGACCUGUACCCCACGGAUCUGUCCGAGGUCCACACAGGGUGUUCCGUUGAUUUAAGACCAGUUUGCGCCGAGUCCUACGGCGGAAGCCUGAACAGGUCCAAAAGACGGGACUACCUCCUCUCGGAGCCCUUUGACCUAUGCUCUUCGACGAUCCUGAUGCAGCUCCCCAAUGCCAGCCUCCAUCUUGGGCCCUCUCAUCAGCAGAUUGGCCGCCGGCCAUCCAUGGAGGAGGCGGAAGCGGCCAACUAUGGCCGACCUCAUGAGUGCCCCCCUCCUUACAACAGCUUCAUGGGAACGUUCGGGAAGUCCCCCUGGAGGCCUCAACAGGACUCGCACUCGGGAUUUGGCCUACCCCCGGCAACGUGUCAUGGGAAUAGCCUCCACGAAAACCCUUACACCGCCGCCGACGCGGAUUCGGCCGGCGAGGAGGACGACUGCAACAAGGACUCGGAAUCGGAGCAGAGCCGCAGCGUUUACGAACAGCCGUUUGACAGCGACAGGACUGAUGUCGGAACGCGCUGUUAGCUGAGUGACUAAAAGACCUUUUCCUCCUUUUUUUUUUCACUAAGAGAUGACCAUUUUUUUAAUGUUUUUUUUGUUUUUUUUUUUUUUUAAAUAAUACUUCUUUGCUUCCGAGUCGAUACCUUUGGAAUGAAAGACUCCUUCCUGAAAUGUGCAACAAGUGAAUGUAAAAGAAGGACAUUGCGACAAAAAAGUACAAGCCUAUUUACGAAAGCUUGUGCUUUUUGUAAACAGCUUCCGUUGAAUAAAAUAGAUGAAUAUAAACGUUUUAUACAAAUAUUUUAUAUUUUGUAAAUUGUAUAUAAACAGAUUACAAUAUUUUUUUUUCUUGCUUAACAUGUCAUGUAUGGGAAUGUUGCAGCCCUGCUAGUUCAGUUAUACCAAUUUUUUUUUUUUUUUUUUUUGCUUUCAAUGAAGCUAUAUUUUGCACAUAUGUAAACAAAAUAAAAAAAUAUCUGAA